CAUAAAAUCAAUAAUAUUCUACAACUCAUUGAAGUAUAGCUAUCAUGUCGUAUGAUGCCAAGUUUGACGCAUCUCUUGAUCUUCUCCGAAGAUUGGAUCCACAGCGAGUCUCAUCGCAUUUAACAGAUAUUUGUACAAUUGUCAAUGAUGACGAACUUUCUCAAGAUCUCUUGUCUUCCGUUGAUGUACCAUUGAAGGUGUUGCGCUGUCCUAAAACAAGUAAGGAUUUCCUUUGUUGUGAUUAUAAUCGUGAUGGAGAUCUGUACCGUUCACCAUGGUCAAACAUUUACGUAUCCGCCGAUGGGACAGCUGAAUCUUCCAACCAAAAUGACGAGGAUGACGAAGCUCCACCAUUCCCACUGAACAUCCUUAGACAGUUGGAAGUCAAUGCCAAUGAUGCAUUUGAUGUGUACCGUGACUUGUAUUACGAAGGUAGCGGUGUAUCUUCUGUUUAUCUUUGGGAUACAGAAGACGAUGAAACUUUAGAUGCAUUUGCUGGAGUUGUACUUUUUCAAAAGCAAACCGAUGAUGGUUCAGGUCGUUGGGAUAGUGUCCAUGUAUUUGAAGUGACUGCCGAAGACAGUUCAUCUGCGCUGUACAAGGUCACAUCGUCUGUCAUUUUGGACAUGUCCAAGUCAGCACUUUCUCUUCUGGGACUGCUUACGCGACAAUUGGAAGCAUCUCAAAGUUUAACCGCAGGAGUUAAUGUUGAAACUUCACACUUGAUUAACUUGGGCCAACUUAUUGAAAAGAGUGAAUACAAUUUGCGUAACCUUUUGCAGGACGUCUACUUUGACAAGUUGAAGGACGUGGUCAUGAAAGACUUACGUUCCGAUGUGAACGCCGGGGCGGAGCACGAGAGACAGUCAGAGGUGAUCAAAGGGUUACAAGCUUUGUAGUAUGUAUAGAAUAGAAUGCACAUGAUGAAAAUACGAC